AUGACUAUUGUCGGUCACAAGGCAUUUGAUGUGGCUCGUAUUCGUCAAUUCAUUCCAAAGAAUAAUAAAGCCAUUUUUUCCAGCUGGGCUGAAACCUUCAUAAUCGACACAUCCUCGAUUCUGUACUAUCGUUGGCUCGGCUUGAUAUCGCUCACCGUCAUCUACAACUGCAUCAUCCUUCCUAUGCGCACCGCCUUUACGCAAUUCCACGAGCUCAGUCCAGCUGGAUGGAUGUUCUUGGAUUACUGCAUCGACGCUAUCUACCUCGCCGACAUGUGGGUCGGAUGCAGAACAGGUUAUCUCGAGGAGGGCCUAGUGGUGACCGACGUCGUUAAACUUCGAAACGCCUACAUCAAGAAGACUGACUGCCUCCUGGACGUGUUUGCCAUCCUCCCCACAGACCUGCUCUACAUCUCCCAGGCCUUCACCCACUACGCUGCCUGGCUGCGGCUGAAUCGCCUCCUGAAGGUGUACAAGGUGUUUGAAUUUAACGCGAGAACCGAAACACGCGCCACCUUCCCAAAUGUCUUUCGAGUGACUACACUCACAGGAAAUAUCCUCAUUCUCAUUCACUUUAACGCUUGUAUAUUCUUUGAGAUCAGCAAGCAAACAGGACUUUGCGAGAACUCAUUUGUUUAUCCGCCUCGCGAGACAGACGACAUUACAGACGAACCUUGUAAUCUAACUGCACGUUGGCAAACCAUCUUCUCCCAAUACACCUACAGUUUUUAUUGGUCCACGCUCAUUCUAACGACAAUUGGCGAGACCCCAAAACCGGUCAGAGAUGGGGAAUACGUCUUUAUCACCAUAGACUUCCUUGCGGGGGUGCUCAUCUUCGCCACGGUUGUCGGCAACGUCGGCGCUAUGAUAAGCAACAUGAAUGCCCAGAAGACGGCGUUUCAGGCACAGAUGGACAGUGUCAAGCGCUACAUGGAGUACCGGAAGGUGAGUAAGAGCCUUGAACAGAGGGUGAUUCAGUGGUUCGACUACCUCUGGUCCAACAAGCAAUCCCUCGAGGAGGAGAACGUCCUCGCCAUUCUGCCGGACAAACUAAAGGCUGAAAUCGCCAUUCACGUUCACUACGACACUCUCCAACGUGUCAAGAUAUUUCAGGACUGCGACCCUGGCCUGCUGGUGGAGCUCGUCUUGAAGCUGAAAUUGCAGGUGUUCUCGCCUGGGGACUACAUCUGUCGAAAGGGCGACAUCGGAAAGGAGAUGUACAUAGUCAAACGCGGCAAGAUCAGUGUCGUGGCAGACGACGGAAAAACUGUGUUCGUCACGCUGAGUGAAGGCACCGUGUUCGGAGAGAUCUCCAUUCUCAACAUCGCCGGCAACAAAACAGGAAAUCGUCGAACAGCAAAUGUCCGUUCUGUUGGCUACUCUGACCUCUUCUGCCUUAGCAAGGACGACUUGUGGGAAGCACUAACCGAGUACCCUGAGGCGAAGGACAAACUCAUGGAGGUCGGUCAACAGAUGCUUAGGAAGGACAAUUUAUUGGACGAAGAGUUGCUUCGCAAAGCCGAGGAAACCAGAGAAUCGACUGAAAUGAAGGUCAGUCGGAUCGACUCAACCUUGGAGCAAAUAAGUGUCAAAUUGGCAAGGCUCAUGAGCGAGUACGGGUCUAGCCAGGCGAAAAUGAAGAGACGACUGGCCCGGCUUGAAAAACAGAGGUUCGAGCUACCAACCCUGAACAUCGGAGAGGAUAGUACGAAUUCGGAAUAA